UUAAAAGCUUGAAGAGACGGUGGAUAUAAGAUAGAAUGCAUGAAACUCUUCCAUUUCACAUCCAUUGAGUGUGUGCUUUUUUGUGUGCAGUUUCAGCGAAUAUAGAGACAAAAUCGGAAAGCCGAAAAAGCCGUAGAUUCCAACGCACUCUUUCUUUCUGUGUGUUUUUGUGUGCAUUGCACACAAACACACACACACAUAACCACUGUAACCACCGCAUUAUCUCUCACAUCAUCCAUUUUCCGUUCGAUUCCAAAGAUCCCUUAGCUCUCACUCUCAUAUAAUGAGCCGCUACGAUCCAAACCCUUUCGAAGAAGAAGAUCUCCACGAAAAUCCCUUUGCGGAUGGAGUAGCUAAAGGAAAAGGUGGGUCAGGGCAAUCAAGUUAUGGAGGAGGUGCAUUUUACACUACCAAUCCUGGAAGUGUUCCUUCUGCGACCUCAAGACUCUCACCCCUUCCUCCCGAGCCUUAUGAUCGUGGAGCAACUAUUGACAUCCCUCUUGAUGGCUCAAAGGAUGUCAAAGCAAAGGAGAAGGAACUUCAAGCCAGAGAGUCUGAAUUGAAAAAAAGGGAACAGGAAAUAAAACGGAGAGAGGAUGCCAUAGCACGAGCUGGUAUAGUUAUAGAGGAAAAAAAUUGGCCACCUUUUUUCCCCAUCAUUCAUCAUGACAUUGGAAAUGAAAUACCAAUACAUCUUCAGAGGUUGCAGUAUGUUGCAUUUACAACAUGGUUAGGUUUGGUUCUGUGUCUUUUGUGGAAUAUAGUGGCAGUUACUACUGCUUGGAUCAAAGGAGAAGGUCCUACCAUCUGGUUUCUUGCUAUUAUAUAUUUUAUUUCUGGUGUUCCAGGAUCCUAUGUAAUGUGGUAUCGUCCCCUUUAUCGCGCUAUGAGGACGGACAGUGCUCUGAAGUUUGGCUGGUUUUUUGUGGCUUACAUGUUGCACAUUGGCUUUUGCAUUUUUGCUGCAGUUGCUCCACCGAUUAUCUUCAAAGGAAAAUCUCUCACAGGUAUUUUGGCUGCAAUUGAUGUGAUAGGCGGCAGUGCAUUGGUUGGGAUAUUCUACUUUAUUGGGUUCGGAUUUUUCUGUCUCGAGUCACUGCUGAGCGUCUGGGUUUUUCAGCAAGUAUUGAUGUACUUCCGUGGAAGUGGCAAGGCUGCAGAGUUAAAGCGAGAUGCAGCCAGAGGGACUGUGAUGGCAGCUCUAUGACUUGGCGUUAACAAAACAAAUGUUUUCAACAAUGUUAUACUCUGAAAAAAUUAUUUCUUCAGUUAACCUUUGCACCUGGCUUAAUACAUGGACGUUUUCUCCUGGCUUCUGGACUAGGAUUGAGUUAAACCACAUAUUAAAGAUAGAACUCACAGCUAUUGUGCAUAUAUAGAAAACAUUGUUUGAUAUUGCUCCCUCGACGCAUAACUUUCCCCAUAGAAUACUGUUUAUACUUUUUUAUGACAAAUGGUUUAUCAAUUCAGCUGAAUUACAUGUUCUGCUGACUUGAUUCACAAUCCAAUCAGAGGUACUCAGCAUAAGACUUGCUAAGUUUUUUAUUCAUGACUUUCAUUUAUAUUAUUUUGGCAAUAUUAAAUGUUUUUAUUCAU